GCUCUCGUCUCCGACCGCCUCUCCCAUGCGCUGAGGGUGCCCGGCUGGGCCGGGCCGGCGGCCGGAGGGAAGGCUCCUCUCCAUGGUCCAGAAGAGCAGCAUGUCCCGGGGUUCUUACCCACCCUCCCAGGAGAUCCCCAUGGAGGUCUUCGAUCCCAGCCCACAGGGCAAAUACAGCAAGAGGAAAGGGCGGUUCAAGCGGUCAGAUGGGAGUACGUCCUCAGAUACAACAUCCAACAGCUUUGUCCGCCAGGGUUCAGCGGAGUCCUACACCAGUCGGCCGUCAGACUCUGAUGUAUCUCUGGAGGAGGACCGGGAGGCCUUAAGGAAGGAAGCAGAACGUCAGGCUUUAGCUCAGCUGGAGAAAGCCAAGACUAAGCCAGUGGCUUUUGCUGUGCGGACUAACGUUGGCUACAAUCCAUCUCCAGGAGAUGAGGUGCCUGUACAAGGAGUGGCCAUUACCUUUGAGCCUAAGGACUUCCUGCACAUCAAGGAGAAAUACAAUAAUGACUGGUGGAUUGGGCGACUGGUGAAGGAGGGCUGUGAGGUCGGCUUCAUCCCCAGCCCCGUCAAACUGGACAGCCUGCGCCUGCUACAGGAACAGACGAUGCGCCAGAACCGCCUCAGCUCCAGCAAAUCAGGUGACAACUCCACUUCCAGUCUGGGAGACGUGGUGACUGGCACCCGCCGCCCAACACCCCCUGCCAGUGCCAAACAGAAGCAGAAGUCGACAGAGCAUGUGCCCCCGUAUGACGUGGUGCCUUCCAUGAGGCCCAUCAUCCUGGUGGGACCGUCGCUCAAGGGCUAUGAGGUUACAGACAUGAUGCAGAAAGCUUUAUUUGACUUCUUGAAACAUCGGUUUGAUGGCAGGAUCUCCAUCACACGAGUGACAGCUGACAUUUCCCUGGCCAAGCGUUCAGUUCUCAACAACCCCAGCAAGCAUAUCAUCAUUGAGCGAUCCAAUACCCGUUCCAGCCUGGCUGAGGUACAGAGUGAGAUUGAGCGGAUCUUUGAGCUGGCUCGAACCCUUCAGUUGGUCGCCCUGGAUGCUGACACCAUCAACCACCCGGCCCAGCUCUCCAAGACCUCGCUGGCCCCCAUCAUUGUUUACAUCAAAAUUACCUCUCCCAAGGUACUUCAGAGGCUCAUCAAAUCUCGAGGGAAAUCUCAGUCCAAACACCUCAAUGUUCAAAUAGCAGCCUCAGAGAAGCUGGCACAGUGUCCCCCCGAAAUGUUUGACAUCAUCCUGGACGAGAACCAAUUGGAGGAUGCCUGUGAGCACCUGGCCGAAUACUUGGAAGCCUACUGGAAGGCCACACACCCACCCAGCAGCACGCCACCCAAUCCACUGCUGAACCGCACCAUGGCUACAGCAGCCCUGGCUGCCAGCCCUGCCCCGGUCUCCAACCUCCAGGGACCCUACCUUGCUUCCGGGGACCAGCCACUGGAACGGGCCACCGGGGAGCACGCCAGCGUGCACAAGUACCCGGGAGAGCUGGGCCAGCCCCCGGGCCUUUACCCCAGCAGCCAUCCACCAGGCCGGGCUGGCACCCUGCGGGCAUUGUCCCGCCAAGACACGUUUGAUGCUGACACCCCCGGCAGCCGAAACUCUGCCUACACCGAGCCGGGAGACUCAUGUGUGGACAUGGAGACCGACCCCUCAGAGGGGCCGGGGCCUGGAGACCCUGCCGGGGGCGGCACUCCACCAGCUCGGCAGGGCUCCUGGGAGGAUGAGGAAGACUAUGAGGAAGAGCAGACCGACAACCGGAACCGGGCCCGGAAUAAGGCUCGCUACUGUGCAGAGGGUGGGGGUCCGGUGUUGGGGCGUAACAAGAAUGAGCUGGAGGGCUGGGGGCAAGGUGUCUACAUCCGUUGAGGCGGAGGCUGCUUAGUGGGAGAAGGACUCGGAGCCCGGGGAGGGGAUCCAGAAGAGGGGCUCACCGCCUGAGCUGUGUCUUGCCUCCAGGAGGCGCUGUCUCCCUCCUUUCAGAUGCCUUUGCUCAGUGUUUGGGGUUUCUUUGAUGGUUAUCAUUCCAGCUCCUGGGAGGCCUUUAAGCCCCAACAGUAGGUUUUUCCCUACUUGUUUGUGGUUGAUGGUUGUUGGAUCCCCAUCUUCCUGAACUGGCCCAUUUCCCCCAUCUUAGGGGGCCUCUCCUCUCCCCCUCCCAAGAGAAAAGGUGCACUUCCUUAAAUCUUUCUACUUGGGCCUUUUAAAUGAAGGUCCUAAAUGAGGAGGGGCCCCUUCUUUUCCCAACUUGGGGUAUUAGUGAAGGGUUGGGUGGUUUGGCUGGAGAGGGAAGCCACAGAAUCUUCCCCCAUGGGGGCUCUCUUUCCCCACACCCCAGAUCCAAGGUCCAUCACCAUGCCCCAGCUUUCUGGCAGUAUUCUCUGGUAGGUGAAAGCUACAACUUGGACACCCAUAGGGAGUGUUGUCUUGGGGAGGGGUCUGGGUGGGAACUCAGACAUCAGAGGUGUGCCCUCUGCCCUCUGUGACUGUGGCAAAGCCCAUGGCAGAGAACUUGGAGGACUGGGCAACUUGAGAUGCUGCUACCCACCCCACCUCCAUGUUUCAGCCCUUGCCUACCCAGGAAUGAGCUUUGCCUACAAACUCUCCUGCCUGCUGCCAUUAGAAGAGGGGGGGCCCACUCUGCAUCUGAGCCCCCCGCACAUCUCCGUGCCACUUGGGUGUGGAGACUGAACAGUCUGGUCCGCUUCAUUCUAAACCAAAAAAAA